CUACUGUAGAGCACUAGAGCCACAGCUAAGGUAUGAAUGAAGAGUAGGAGAACCACCCUACCCACCAUCAUGGGGAACAUGAGGUCUCUGAAAAAUAAGAUGAAUUUGCUACAGGUGCUGUUUCUAACCCCUGAGAAGGAUUGGGAAAAAAUUAUACACUGUGAAGGCAAGGUGAAACUGAGGGAAAAUAAGGAUUCUUCCAUGAAGAAGCUGAAUUACUUCAAGCAGAAUGAAACCAGGGAUGUUGGACUUGGCAUGAAGAAAAUCAGUAGUCUUCAAAGAUCAAGGACUGACAGCAGACAAAAAAGAGUGAAUGAGCCAAAUGUACACAUCAUCACUGUCACGCCCUGUGGACCUCUGCUAAUGACAACCUCCAGUACUACCGUCCACAGGCUCUGAGGUUUAUCGGCAUUCAAGAUGAUGUCUGACGCCAGCGACAUGUUGGCAGCUGCUCUGGAGCAGAUGGAUGGCAUUAUAGCAGGUUCCAAAGCUCUGGACUACUCCAAUGGUUUGUACGAUUGCCAGUCACCUACCUCCCCUUUCAUGGGCAACCUGCGGGCCCUUCACCUUUUAGAAGAUCUAAGAAGUGUCCUGGAGUUGAUGGACACAGAGGAAAGGGAGACUUUACGCUGCCAGAUUCCCGACUCUACAGCCGACAGUUUGGUUGAGUGGCUUCAUGGUCAACUGUCCAAUGGUCACAUCUCCCUCAGUAGUGGUGACCACUAUCAAGAAAGACUGUCCCGCCUGGAGAGCGACAAGGAGUCUCUAGUGCUCCAGGUGAGUGUACUGACAGACCAGGUGGAAGCUCAGGGAGAGAAGAUCCGUGACCUGGAUUUGUGUUUGGAUGAGCACAGAGAAAAACUCAAUACCACAGAGGAGAUGCUGCAGCAGGAGCUUUUGUGCAGAGCUGCACUGGAGACCCAGAAGCUUGAACUGAUGUCUGAACUGACCAACCUGAAGCUGAAAUUAAAUAACUUUGACAAGGAGAGAGUGGACUUUGAUGACAGAUUCAGAGACAGUGAGGAUCUGAUUCUUGAAAUAAAUGAGUUGCGGUACAGAUUAACAGAUAUGGAGAGUGAAAAAAUACUGUAUGAAAAGAAACUUAAGUCCACAAUGGAGGAACUAGCUGCACUGAGAAGGCAGCUGGAGGGCAAGGAUGGAGAUGUGAGAAGACUACAAGAUGAGACAGGCUUCAAAGUCAUGGCCUUGAGCAGUGGAGAUUCCUCAGAAAGAGAUGAAACUCUUAGAAAGAGGCUGAAAGAAAAACAUGUGGAAGUGCAGAGAAUGAAAAAGGCAGUGGAGUCUUUGAUGGAGGCCAAUGAAGAGAAGGAUCGCAAGAUUGAAGAACUUAAACAAUCGUUGCAACGGUACAAGAAAGUUCAAGACAUGGUGAUGUCAGUGCAAGGUAAAAAAGAGAAAUUCAAGGAAAAUGAGCAUGUGGAGAGUCAGGCUGAUGCACCAUCAGCAAUUUUGUCUGCAUCUGAGGAGCUAGAAAAACAUGAAGUGACGGACGUCCAACAACUGAAAAGAAGAAGUCCAGACGAGCUGGAAAUUCUGAAUGGCCCAUAUGUAAAUUCUUCACCCUCACCAAGUCCUUCAGACUUAGGACAAGUGUUUGAGUCUACUCCAGCAGAUGUAAAGAGCAGUCAGGAUAUUACAAAGACAAACAGCCAGGAACAUCUGGAUAUAAAUAAUGAAAUGAGUAAGAGUGAAGAAGUAAGUAAGAAGAAAGAGAAACCACCGUUGAACCCCGCUGCGACCUCAACCUCCGCCACAGACGAUGCACCUUUCGGCUCGGGGAAGGCUCGUUCAUCCUUCGGAAAGGGCUUUUUUAAGAUCCGUGGGGGCAAGAAAACGGGGAGCUCUCCUAAUCUUGACCGCAGCCGGAGUGCGAGUGCACCUAUGCUAGCUGAAACAGAGCAAAGGGGAACGGACCAUCUCGACCUGGCCGGGCUGCCACAGAGGUCGAGUAACAGCGACAGCACCCACACACUUCCUACGACCCCAGAGAAUGCAAAAAAAUCUAGAGGGAUUAAAAAACUCUUUGGGAAGUUGAAAAGAAGUCAGUCCACUACGUUCAACUUGGAUGACAACCUUCCCCCGGCGGAGUUCAAGAGAGGCGGUGUCCGAGCCACAGCGGGACCUAGACUGGGCUGGUCACGUGACCUCCAACGCGUCCACACUGAUAUUGAUGCUCCCUUUGCCCGCUGGUCAAAGGAUCAGGUGUGUGACUGGCUGCAAGAGCAGGGUCUGGGACUUUAUGUGAACAUGGCCCGUAUAUGGAUCUCCUCUGGACAAACACUGCUGCAGGCUUCACAACAUGAUCUGGAGAGGGAGCUGGGCAUAAAACACUCUUUGCACAGAAAAAAGCUGCAGCUCUCUCUGCAGGCAAUUGGCUCGGAAGAAGAGGACAAUAAGGGAAAGCUAGACUACCACUGGGUCACUAGGUGGCUUGACGACAUCGGUCUUCCUCAGUAUAAGACCCAGUUCGAUGAGGGGAGGGUGGACGGUCACAUGCUGCACUACAUGACAGUGGAUGACCUGCUCUCUCUGAAGGUGGGAAGUGUCCUGCAUCACCUUAGUAUCAAGAGAGCCAUUCAAGUGCUUCGACUCAACAACUAUGAGCCCAACUGCUUACGUCGGAGGCCAUCGGAUGAGAACUCCACUCCUGCAGAGAUUUCCCAGUGGACCAACCAUAGGGUAAUGGAGUGGCUGAGGUCUGUGGAUUUGGCUGAAUAUGCCCCCAACCUUAGAGGCAGUGGUGUACAUGGAGGACUGAUGGUUCUAGAGCCAAGGUUUAACGUGGAGGCGAUGGCGUUGCUGCUAAACAUUCCCCCAAACAAGACUCUGUUGCGUCGCCACCUUGCCACACAUUUUAACUUGCUCAUUGGCUCAGAAGCCCAGCAGCUGAAACAGGAGUGUCUUGAAAACCCAGACUACGUUUUGCUCACAGCUGCCACCAAAGUCAAGCCAAAGAAAUUAUCUUUUGGAAGUUUUGGCACUCUGAGGAAAAAGAGGCAAGAUGAGAAUGAGGAGUACGUUUGUCCCAUGGACGUGGAGAUGCCUAAAAGCAGAAGCUUCCAGAAAGACUAUGAGCUGCAGAUCUAUGAAGAUGACCUUGACAGGCUUAAACAGAUGGAGGACUCUGAAGGAACCGUGAGACAGAUUGGAGCCUUUUCCGAGGGAAUUCAAAACCUGACUAGCAUGCUGAAAGAUGACGAGUUCUUCAAGGAAAUUUCAAAUUCACCAAACUCCAGUGUGACAGACGAGGACUCAAAUGCAUGAGACGGUCAACUUUCUAAAUCCUGGAAAAGAUGCGCCGAGGAUUUUUCACCAACGUGGCUUCCAGAAACUCUGCCACAUUUCUUUGUAUUGUUAAAAUCAAAGAUGAGCCAAAAUUGUUUGUUCUUUUUUUUCUUUUUUGAAUGAUGGUGUUUGUCUCAUUACUGUCAUCUGAUGACAGAGGGAACAUACCAGCUGGUUUCUGGAGAACAUUUCUACUCCUUUACAUUUUUAGUUGUAUUUUUUCUGUGAGCGAGCUCAAGUGUGAUCCAGCAGACAGAUUAUAUCUAGACUGAGCCAAUUAGGAUUUAACACAUGUCAUCUAAAUUGACUUGAUAAAUAUUGGGAAAGAGAGAGGGACUAUGUAUGUGUAAAAUGAAGAGGAGAAGACGUCAGUGUAAAGUAAUAACAGAAGACAGCUGCUGUGCUUCCCACAGAACAUAAAUCUGCAUCAUGUCUACUCCGGAGACUUCACAGUUAGUCCACCUUAAUAUUCUGCAUGCAUUUGCACAAAUUCAUAUCAUAGACUACAAAACCUAAAGAGUAGGUUGCAUGGUUUUAGAAUCUAACACAGUUAUACAGUACACACACAUCAUUUAUUUUAAAUAAACUUAUUUAAAAAAAAGACCUUACGGCUCAAAGCAAUUUUGCAAAGAGUUUUGACAGAGUAGUACUUGUGUAAAAGCAUUUUGUAAUUUACCUCUUGGACAAAUAAUUUUUAUUAAUAUUAAGUAGGUUAAGUAGCGUAGGAUACGGAUCAAUAAAGUCAUUUAAAUAAAUUGAAUUUGAUCGAAUUAAAUGUGUUCAUUCUAUAAGGUACAGGGGGCAGAAAUUGAAACAUUGUUUCAAAUGUAACAUUUUCUAAAAGCUUAGAUUUGUUCUGAAAACAUGACCAUUAAAGAUUUGAAGCAGAA